AUGACUGAAGAAACAACUACAGUGGACCUUGUGGAGCCUCACUUGCUGAGGUUGUCACCGCCACCAUCGGCGUCAUCAGAACUUUCCUCUCCUUCAGGACUACCAUCGUGUUCUUCUGCCGACCCCGUUACGACGCCCGUCUCCGCCUGUGAUAGCACUACCACCACCACCUCCAGUCGUCUUGCAGAGAUACAGGACGCCCUAGUCGAAGUUGAGAGUACACCUGCCUCUGCACUGUCACCUCGUGAUACAUCUUCAUCCUACAACUGCCCUCAUUACCACCUCCAUCACCACCAUCAUCAUCUUCCACAGCGGUUAUCCCCACCGCCGCCGCAACAGCAGGGCUGGUCAUCCCCAGUGACGCUGGAGUCGUCCGCUGUGGGUGAUGGAGUGGUAGUGGUGGUCAAUCAUGCCCUGCCACUGUCACCCUCAAUGACGCCGCCCAUACUCCUUUCACCGACAGGUGGUGAUGAUGAGGAGGACGAAGAAGUGCCCUCAACGCAUACUACCUCCUCAUCGGAUUCGGUGGCCAACAGUCCACUCUCGUUUGCCAGUGAAGAUGAAGAAGAGGAAGAGGCUGAUGUAGGCGUAGAAGGCACUAUGCCCACCGAGGAUGUUCCCACUUUUUUGCAGAGCACAUCCAGUGAUAGUCCACAUUCACCAGUCCAGCACCAGCAGCAGACCACUACUACCACAACAACACCUGAAAAGUCGCCAUCACCUCGACUAAGUCGUGAUGUUUCCUGGUGUAAACAGCUGGUGCUCUUCGGCGCCAAUCCCAACCUCUCCAAUCUGGACGGCUGGCAUCCGCUGCACUUGGCCUCCUUCAGCGGCCUCAACGAGAACCUUAACUACCUGAUUAGCUGCAAUACUAACAAUGGCCCACAGGUCAAGUGA